AUGGAGAGCUGCAUGUCCAUCUUCUGUCUCGCUGUCCUGCUUCUGCACUCAUCAGCCAGCGGUGAUGAUCUGAGGCUGGUGAAUGGAGGCAGUCCCUGUGCUGGGAGAGUGGAGAUUCUUCACGAGGGACAGUGGGGGACAGUUUGUGAUUAUAAGUGGGAUAUGGAGGAUGCUGGAGUUGUGUGUAAACAGCUGGGCUGUGGAUCGGCUAUAUCGGCUCCAGGCAAGGCUCGCUUCGGAGCUGGUUCUGGAAAUAUCUGGCUGGAUGCUGUUUCCUGCAGAGGCUCUGAGUCAGCUCUGCGGGACUGUGGAUCACUGGGCUGGGGAAAGCAUUAUUGUGGACACAUUCAGGAUGCUGGAGUGAUCUGUUCAGCAGUGCGGCUCAGUGGUGGCAGCGAUCUCUGCUCUGGGAGAGUUGAAGUACAGCAUGUAGAGACCUGGGGAACGGUCUGUGAUGCUGACUUUGACUGGCAGGAUGCAGAGGUUAUCUGUCAGGAGCUGAAGUGUGGAAUUCCUCAAGAGGUGCUGGGGGCUGCCCGUUUCAAGGAGGGGAAAGGUGACCUUUGGUCGGAGGAGAUCCAGUGCUUUGGAAACGAGUCCCGGCUCUAUGACUGCCACACUGCAGCCACAAAGAAUCAGAGCUGCACACACAGGAACGACGUGGGCCUUGUCUGUUUCGGGUACACUGGGUACAGGCUGGUGGGUGGCCCUGACUCCUGUUCUGGUCGAGUGGAGCUGCAGUACGAUGGUCAGUGGGGGACGGUCUGCGAUCGCUAUUGGGAUCUGCAGGACGCCACAGUUCUCUGCAAGCAGUUGAAUUGUGGGUACGCUGUAUCAGUCCCGGGACAGGCCUGGUUUGGUGAAGGCAGCGGUGAUGUACGGGCUGAUAUAUUCGACUGUGAUGGCAGUGAGACACACAUAUCAAAUUGCUCCAUCUCUGCAUGGGGACGAGGCACCUGCACUCAUAGGAACGAUGCAGGAGUUAAUUGUUCAGGCCCAUUGCUACCAGCACAACCAGAUCGAAUCAAGCCUCUGUCAAGUAACUGCAACACAGGUAAUGAAGGGACCUCGCUCUGCUCAGAUCACACGACCCUCAGGCUGGUGGGGGGAGGAGAUGCCUGCGCUGGGAUGGUGGAGGUUUAUCACAACGGCUCCUGGGGGACAGUCUGCGAUGACUCCUGGGACCUGGAAGAUGCUGAGGUGGUGUGUAAGCAGCUCCAGUGUGGGACGGCACUCAGAGCCACAGGGUCAGCCUCCUUCGGCCAGGGAAGCGGACUCAUCUGGCUGGACGAGCUGCGCUGUCAGGGGAACGAAUCGGCUCUGUGGGAGUGUGCCUCAGGAGGGUGGGGGCAGCACGACUGUAGACACAAGGAGGACGCGGGAGUCAUGUGUUCAGAGUUCAAGAAGCUGAGACUGUCUCGGGGCUGUUCUGGACUGGUAGAGGUUUUCUACAAUGGCACCUGGGGUAACGUCUGCUACAACGGCAUGGAUAAAAACACAGUUAAGAUGAUAUGCCGUGAGGUAAACUGUGGAGAGAGUACUGAAAUAUCAGUGCCACGUCCAGCAGAUAGCACUGCACGCAAGUGGCUUGAUGAUGUUAAAUGCAGAGGGCAUGACUCUACAUUGUGGCACUGUCCAUCUUCACCCUGGGGUCAAAACAAGUGCUGGAACAACGAGGUGGCUGAGAUUGACUGCAAAGGUAAAGAUAUCUCUCUGUUUUUCUUCUUAAAACAAGAUUUCUUUGUGUUUUCAGUAGUUGAAAAGAAGCCAACUGUCUCCAGCAUACCCAAGACCUGCUCUGAAGACCUCACUCAGGAGCACUGCUCAGAGCCAGCAGAGCUGAAACUAGCUGGAGGCUCCAGUCCCUGCUCCGGACGGGUGGAGGUGUGGUUUGAGGGAUCCUGGGGGACAGUCUGCGAUGACUCCUGGGACCUGAAGGAUGCCCAGGUGGUCUGCAGACAACUAGGCUGUGGGGCAGCGGAGAGCACAGGGGGGGGUGAGGCUACGUUUGGACAAGGAAACGGCACCAUAUGGCUGGACGAGGUGAACUGCAGGGGCAGCGAGAUGCACCUGUGGGACUGCCGGCACUCUCCACUGGGACACAAUGACUGCUACCACAAAGAGGAUGCAUGGGUUAGCUGUGCAGAUGUUCCAACUACUACCAGCCCCCCGGUAAAAAAAGGACCCUCUGCACCCAGUGAGAGAGACAUGACCAUCCCAGUGAUAGCCUGUGUCGUGCUGGGAGCUCUGCUCUUUGUGGUGCUGGUCCUCUUAGUCGGGCAGCUGCAGCACAACAAGAUGCUGAGGAGAGGGAUUGCUGAGGAUCUUGACCCCUUCCAUGAAGCCAUUUACGAGGAGAUUGAAUACAAGCUGGCCAGACAGGGAACCUAUGGUGUGCCCAGGAAAGGGAGUUUCCUUUCUGAUGAGUUGCCCUAUGACUACGAUGAUGUGGAGGACAGUGAGGGGAACCCCAUCCCAGGUGAAUCGAUGCCCUCUCUGAAAGGAGAGGUCCCAGGGUACUAUGACGAUGCCAUCCCUUUGAACAGCAACCCAGAAGAUUUAUCAGGGAGUUUCCUUUCUGACAAACUUCCCUCUGGCUACGAUGAUGUGGAGGACAGUGAGGGGAAUCCCAUCCAAGGUUUUCCCCUCACUCCCCCUGGAGAGGAGAGUGCCUGGGCCGUGCUGCCCCCUGAAGAAGGGCCCGCUGCACCUGACAGGACUGACUACGAUGAUGUUGGGGAGGAGUGAGGCUGACAGUGUGUCUGGGAGGAGAAUAGAGGGGCAGCUGGAGUCCCCAAGAUUUCUAGAUCUGUAAGAGCGCCAUUAACUGUAAACCUGCCAGACAGUUUCACUGCCGUUCCAGCCUUCCUCUGGGAUUUCACUGUGAAACUCCAUUGGCUGAAUAUUUAGCAGGCUUCUCAUCAAAGCGCUUCAUGUUAAAUAUAUGAGUGUUGCCCUUUAUGCUGCAAAAUUGCAUUUUUUUUUUUUCAAACAAGCUGUUUACAUUAAAUUAGCAAACAUGUCCUGAAUGCGAACUGAAACUGAGAAAUUAUAUUUUCCUAAGAAAAAGAAAUAAUCAAAUUAUGAGUGUUGCAGAGGAACC